UAACCUCUGUUCUGAUUGGUCCACGCUGAGCGCAGAUCUUAUUUAUCAACAUAAUCAUAAGGUAGACUGGUCGGAAAAAAUUAGAUGCGGUGCGACUGUUCGUAGGAGCAGUCUUGUUUUUUGUUAAGUUUGAAAAAGUCAACCAUUGCCAAACACUGCGGGAUGAUCUAAAGGUCCCUUCAAGGUUUCUCUGAAAUGGCUGCCACAAAGCUGUCGCAUUUUCUCCUCUUGUUGGUUGCGUUUGUCCCAGCUAAGGCUGGUUCAUCUUGCCCUGACCUUUGUGAGGUCAUGCAUACCGGCCAUUGUCGGAUACGUGGUAUGAUUAAUAUUCAUCCUGAUGUCACCGACAUCCCGUGCGCAAUGUGCAACACAACCGGGCAUGCCGAUGAGAAUCAGCUCGGGUGUCUGCCGGCCACUCUGAAGAAGCUGCUAGUGGCAGGGCACUCCGACAGCAGCGGUAGGCUGAAGCCGCUGCCUGGCCUGCUCCAGCUCUACGACCUGGUCCUGGGGCCCGGCCACAUCCUGACGGCUGAAAGCGGAACGUUUUCGGCCGUGCCAAACCUCCUCGGGUUGUCCAUGAGCAACAACGCCAUCAAAUUCAUUGGAACCUGGUUCGGCGGAAUCAGGAAGCUGAAAAAGCUCGACCUGUCUUGGAAUGAAAUCGUAGAAAUCCAAGAGAAUGCCCUUCGGCCACUGGUGAAGCUCGAGUUUCUCAACCUGCUGCACAACCGGCUUCGCGCUGUGGAAGAGCGGUUCUUCGCAGGCCUGAGCAACCUCAUGUUUCUGCACCUGGGCUACAACAACAUCUCACACAUCGCCGGGAAGUCGAUCGACCGGCUCCCAAGGCUACGCGCGCUCACUCUUCACCACAAUCGGCUAUCGUCCAUCUCCGCGGAGUCGCUCGUUGGCAUUCACAUGAUUCAGCAUGUCAACAUGGAGGCGAAUCCUUACCGUUGCACCUGUGCGCUGGAUGACCUGAUGUCUGUAGGGCCUAGAGCAUUGGGUCGCGUCUACAGCAGAUUGCAGUGCAGCUACCCACCGAGUCUCUCCGGGAGGAAGAUCGCCGACGUGGAGAGGUACGAGAUGCCAUGUCCGCCACCUACAGCCAAGGUAUCACGACAAAAUGACGGAGCCACUCUCGUCUGUGAGGUCUUCUGGGAGAAGCAGCCAGAGAUCAUGUGGCUGGAUCCGGGUGGGAGGGCCGUUGCCGUUGGAGAAAGAGAGUCCCCCCACCUAUGUGGCGGCACUGUAACCACAAGCUUGGAGCACGACAUCCCCACCACCCAGUCUCCUGAAGGAGGAACGACACACUCUACGAGCGACUCCGGCCUACCCUACAUCGGCAAGUCCACCUCCACCCUCCGCCUGAGUCAGCAAGCCUACCGGUGCUGGAUGGAGAGCAGUUUCCGGUGCAUCGUGCAGUCUACACCAGGCAGCGUCACUGUGGAUCUACCGCUGACCAAACCACGUGAGACAAGCGAAGAAGGGCAAAGCCUACAGCACACCGUCACCGUGGAUCUACCGCUGACCAAGCCACAGGAGACGAGCAAAGGAGGGCAGAGCCAGCACACCACGAUGGCAGCCGUCUACACCACGACACCUGUACAUGUCCAGCAGAAGGCGAGGAUGAGCAAAUGCACGGUCAAGAGCACCAAGCCACACGAGACAAACGAAGGAGGGCAGAGCCUACAGCACACCACGAUGGCAGCCGUCUACACCACGGCACCUGUCCAGCAGAAGGCGAGGAUGAGCAAACCCACGGUCAAGAGCACCAAGAAGGCAGGAACCACUGCAAAAGCUGUUGAAGAUUGGGGAAAGGUGUUGAUCGUAUUCAUCUACAUCGCCUCCGCAUUUCUGGCUACCUUCUUGCUGAAAAAGGCAACAGUCAAUUGCCGUUUUGCGAUCAAGUGCUACAAGUGCCACAAGAAGCGACAGUAUCGGCAUAGAUAUGUCUACUGUGAUGCUGCAGGCAUACCGCUGCAAUACGUCCAGCCACUGGCACCGUACCCUGCCCUCACCACGGGAAACCCUCCUGCACCCUACCCUGCCCUCACCAUUGGGAACCGGCCUCCACCUGUUCAGAACAUAUACGUCUAAAGGGAUCCCGGGCGACACACUCUUCCUUUCGCCAGCUCAACAGAAUUCGAUUCGUUCCUUCUUGUCAAGUUUUACUCUUUCUAAAUUCUCUCAAUUCCAAAGUAAGCUGCAAGGUGGACCCAAUCGAGCACCUAUUCUUCCCAGCGUCUGACAUGGAAGAAAUAUCAAGACCUUAAAACAUGUGCAAAGUGGAAGAUUUAGAAAGUGGAGGUUUCACUGCAGUUCUACUGAAGUACACACACUGUGUUCCUUCACAAGCACCUACGCAUACGUCAAAUAUCUUCCCAAUACAAACUUGUUCUGGCCAAAUAAGUCCCGGACAUUGACAUAGUACCAAAAAAUGCACCCCUCUCGCAGAUACAAUUACAAACAAACAAACAUGUGACUUCAACCAUCACAGGAAAGAAGAGGAUCCCCAACAAUGCAACAUCUGUCGCCUGGACCGAAGACACGACCUUGCACGGAAACGGACUGCGAUUAUGGACUACGAUUUUGUCUGAAUUGAAUAUACUUGCUUUGUUAUCGUUUGUAUGUGGAACCUCUCAGUGUCAUUUGGAAAGCAGUGCUUAUGUACUAUGAAGUAAGCUGCUCUUGUAAAAGAUCACUUCUUUGGUAGGCUUUAAAGAUGAGUCAAAAUGUGCAUAGGAAUAAUCACGACUGUGAUUGUGGCUGUAUUUGAUAAACACGCCGCGUCGCCGGCAAAUCACAUUACAUGGCUACUACAGGGUUUUCACUUUAAAAACUGCAAUGUCUGUAAAUGUAUGCUUCAACAUUGUUAAGUCGUUGGUCAAACACCAGAUGAUCCUAUAACAAUGACAACUGUAUCUGUCUUAAAUAAGUUUUUCAAUUUUGACUGUGAGGAAUGUAGUAAUUGUCAAUGAUACAGGAAUAUAUCUAUUUAUCUAUUUCAUAUUUAGAUGACUGGAUGACCCCUUCAACUUUUAGAAGUUGAUUUCCAAUGGGCCCAGCAUGCCCUUAGUCAGGGCGAGACGUGUUACAUUAUUUUCUUCAGCAUUGGUCUGAAUGUAUGCACUGGAAAGAUACCAGAGAGAAAUGCACUGGAAAGGCAUAUCAGUGCAAACUUCAUGUAUUUGUGUCAUUAAGCCUCUAGCCACUGAAGAAGUUGUACGCAAUGAAACCGGUUUGGCAGGCUGAAUAAAAUUUCUAAACUUGAACUAUGUGGCUCAUGAUGUCUUACUGAGGGACGAC